GGUUCGCUUGGUUGAGCAGCGACCUGGCCGCGCCCCCGGGAGAGUUCGCCUUCGGCACCGAGGUGCUCCUGGGCUCGGACUCCUGCCGACGGGGGCGCUUUGCUAUCGUCGCGGACGCCUCUGGGAACCACCAUCCCGUGGAGCUGGUGGAGAUCAGCGGCGCUGGCGAGUGGCGGGAGUCGAAGCUGCGCGGCGCGGCCCGCAACCGCGGAGGCGAGGGUGCUCUGGAGCAGCGCCUGCUUGGUGACAGCCCUCCUCCUGAUGGCCCGGCGGCUGGCUUCCGCUCGCCGCCCUUUGGACAGGAGGACCCGGGCGACGAUCUUCGCGCGUGCUGGAUCGACUACGACGACGCUGGGAUCCGUUUCCAGGAGUGGCGCAAGGUCCUGCAUGAGGCGACCCAGGAGAGCCUGCAGACCGCUGGCCUCAAGGGGCCCCCAGUGUGCCUCGCCAUCUGUAGGAAGUUCUUCAAGCACGGCGGGGAUCCGAAGGCGUGGUUCGCCGAGUGGGCCUGCGAGGUGGGCAUCACCAGGAAGGACAGGUCCUGGCACGAGGUCGAGUGCCUGAUCGAGGCCCUGUGGCAGGCGGGCACCUUCGACCAGCUCAACAUGGGCGCCGUCGCGGCGUCGGAGGUGGUGUCCCGCCGGCUGCUGCAGUACGUGGAGGCGUAUGCGAAGGGUGCCGACAACCCCAACUGGAGCGCGGCGAAGCACUUCAGCGCGACCACCUCGGCCCUGGACUUGGUGCCCGAGGACGUGCGCAUGUGUGCGGCGCGGCAGGCCAAGGAGGAGGCGGAGUUGGAGAGCCUGUCGACGGAUAUGCUGCUGGAGGAGCCGAAGGUCGAGGUCGGGGACGCGGUAGAGGCGGCCGUGGGCGUGGUGACAGGCGGGCGGCGCCGGCGGCUGCUUCGUGACAUCGAGGCGGCGAUCGACGCGCUGAAUUGGAUGCAUGGUAGCGCCUACCGCCCGAUUCCCCACAGGACCUCAUCGGCGACCGAGCGCAAGAUUUUGGGCCUUCAGGCUGCUGUGCGGCAGCGCGUUGUUGAAGCGGCAGCCCGCUGGAGCGACGUUGACAGCGCCGUCAGCGAGCGUGGAGCCUUGGCCAGGCUCUUGAAGGGGCGCUCAGGCUAUACGCCGUCGCCUUCAUGCAGUGUCGGGUCCUGCGAGUACUCGAAGGUUUCGCUCCCGGGCGACUUGCACAAUGCGCCGUCGCUCAUCUCCAUGUUGCCUUCGGAGGCGAGGAUGCAGCUCGAGGAUUUCGAGAUGCAUAUGUUCCGACCCGCGCAGGAGUCGGAAUUAAUUCGACAGUAUGAAGGGGUGCCGGGCAGCCAUACCGACCCGGUGCUGCAGAAGAAUCCCCGCGCCUACGGCCGCCUUGUGCGGAGGGCCGCGGACAUCGGCCUGGUGACCUUCACUCGUGAUCCCGCCUGCGUUCUGGGCGUGUUCUUUGUCACCAAGAAGGCCGACAAGCUCAGGUUGAUUGUGGAUUGUCGUCGCGCCAACCACCUGUUCCACAAGCCCCCUGGCGUCGCCCUCCUGAGCGGCGAGGGGCUGGCCAGGGUGGAGAUCGACGACUCCGAGGGUUUGCUGGAUGGGCUCCCUUUGCAUCUGGGGGUCGGAGACGUGGCCGACUGCUUCCACAGGAUGAGGUUGACGAAGAUUGCUGGCGGCGACGUCCGCCGCUACUUCUGCUGGCCACCGCUGGCGGCACGGCAUGCUGGCCUCGCCGAGCUCGACGGCGUCCCGCUGGAGCCAGGCCAGAAGAUUUGGCCGAUGUGCGCCAGCCUACCGAUGGUUUUUUCGUGGUCGCUGCAUUUUUCCCAGACCGCUAACGCAGUUCGUCUGGGACGUCAGCCUUCGCUGGUCCGAAGCCAGGAGCUCUCGGACCGCGGGCCCUCCCUGCUGUUCGGCGGCUCCCGCGUCAUGGAGCAGGCCGGCCACUGCAUGUGCGUGGACAACGCUGGCGUCAUGUCCUUCGACGGCGGUCUGGUCCGACAGGCUCUCGCCGAGGCUCAGCGGGACUUCGACCACGACGCGCUGCGCUUCCACGAGCUGGAGGUCCUUGAGCACGGUGGGAGUUCGCUGGGGUGGCACUUGGACGGCGACAGCCGAGUGGCCCGCCCCGGCAGUCGGCGCUUCGGUUUGGUGCGGCAGGGCGUACGCGCUCUGCUGCGACUCAAGAAGAUCGCCGGCUGGCAGCUGGAGGCGGUCCUGGGCCACGUCGCCUUCCUGUGCCUCAUGCGUCGCGAGCUCCUCUCGAUCUUCCACGUCGUGUGCCGCUUCGUGCGGGAGUCCUACGGCAAGUUCCAACCGCUGUGGGCCUCUGCCCGAGAGGAGCUCGUGGCCUUCGUGGGGGCGAUGGUCUUCAUCGAGGCCGACUGGGGGCAGCCCUGGACGCCCGAUGUUUACGCCAGCGACGCCAGCCUCCACGGCUUCGGGGUGUCGCAGUCCCUGUGGUCGACCGCGGACGUCGCAGCUGUUGGGCGCGUGCGCGAGGUCAGCCGCUAUCGCCUGGGCGGCGCCCGCGCCCGUGAGCACGCUUUCGAGGUGGCCGGCUUCAGGGUCGACCCCGAGAGCGGCGAGGUGGAGCGCGAUUUCUUGGGGCGGCCCGUGCGGCUCGACAGGGGGGCGCGCGAGAUCUUGGAGGCUGCGCGCUGGGAGCACAACGAUGACUUCCCCGAGGUGCCCAGCAGCCUGCUGGCGAAGGAUCGCUGGCGCUGCUGGACUGCCUCGGAGGCCAGACAGACGACGGAGGUGGCGCCGGCUCUCACCCGCGUCUUGACUCUGGAGCGGGCCCUGAGCGACCGCCUGUUGGUGCGCUCGGAGGCGUCGAAUCCGAGGGGGCACGCCGGCGUCGAGGAGAGCACGGAGACCUUUCUGGCGCGGUGCGCGGAGGGGCUCCCCGCGGGCCUGGGGCCAGGCCCGCGGGCCGACGCGCCCGCCCGCGGGGGUGCCGAGGCCGCGGGCGCCAGCGAGGCGUCGUGCCGCCUGAGCCGGCGCGGGAAGGGCCACGUGCGUCAGGCCCUCGCCGCGCUGCUGGACGGCGGGCCGCUCUCAUCCCGCCUCACGCCGCUGGAGGCGAGGUCGGUGGCGCCGGCGGCUGCUGCCCAGUACCGCCAGCGCGUCCAAGAGUUCUUGAGCUGGCACCACUCCUCGGACGCGAUCCUGGACCACCCCGCGGAGCUCGACGCCGCCCUGGUGUCCUUCAUGAACCACGAGUUCGAGAGCGGGCACAAGAGUUGGCGGCCCUUGACGAUCGGGAUGUGGGCCGCGAUCUGCGUGGGGAUGGCCCGCGUGGGAUAUCUCCUGGCCGCCGCCCUGUCGCUGGUGAUGGUGGAGUGCUACCUGCGGCCGGGGGGGGUGCUGGGCCUCACGCCGAGGUCCUUCCUGCCGCCGGCCCCCGGCGGGGUGGCGAGCUGGGUGCUGCUGCUGCCCCCCCAGGAGGGGGACCUGAGGAGCAAGACAGGGGGGGGCGACGACAGCAUCCCCCUCGACUCCCGCAGGUUCGUCCGGAUGGACAGCGUGUACCGCGUGCUCUCCCGCCGUCGUGGAUCGGACUGCCUCCUGGGCUGGACCUGCCGCGAGUACGUGUCGGUCUUCAGGAGGGCUUGCGCCCGCCUGGGCUGGGCGGUGGUGCCGUGCCAGGGCCGACGCACAGGGGCCAGUGCGGGCCGCGCGGAGGGCCUGCGGACCCAGGAGCAGGUGAUGAGGCGGGGCCGCUGGCAGGCCCUGAAGAGCGUCCGCCGCUACGAGAAGGCGAGGCGCGUGAAUCAGGCGUGGAACGAGCUCAGUCGCGAGGAUCAGGACCACGUGGCAGUCUGCCUGCGGUCCCUGGAGGGCAUCUUCCUGCAGGGCGCCGCCUCGCCGCUGCCGCCGCGG